GUUAUUUAAGGUUAGGUUUAUGUUUUGUUUAUUUUUUAUUUUCCAAACAAAAUGUAGUUGAAAAUGCUUCGUCUCCUCACAAAAACUUCAUUCCUUGUUGGCAUUUUCAUUGGAGUAUUCCUGGCUGUGCUACUUAAAGUAAAUAACAAGAUCAAAACAGACCCCGAAGAUCCACCUCGAGUGUUCACACCAACAACCUACAAUAGCUGGUUCAAAGAACGAAAAUUAGCGCGUCAACAAGUACCAUUCGACUAUUUGCGCUACAGUAACCAGACGUAUGUAACCGAAUCCGAAUAUUUGUAUAAAGACGUGCCCAUAUUCUGUGUGAUAUUAGUAAAGUCUUCAAAAAAUGCAAAGGCAGCUCAGGAGACUUGGGGCCGUCAUUGCAAUCACGUUCUUCCAAUUAAUUUAAGCAGCGACAAGAAGAAAAUACAAAUCAAGCGAAAUAAUGAGGGGUCUUCGUGGGUUAUUUUAUGUAAAAUGUUAAAAGAAGUACCUGAAGAAUUUAAAUGGGUUUUAAUAGUUUAUGACUACACGUUUGUAUUAGUUGAAAAUUUAAGACUGUUUUUGGCUGGGUUAAAUCAUAAGGAGAAGUAUUAUCUCGGGCACACUGUGAAGUUUUGGAGUACGGUUUAUAAUAUGGGUCAAGCUGGUUAUGUUUUAAGUAAAGGUAGUGUCGAUAGUUUGAAGAAAAAGUUUAAUGAAACGGAUUCAUGUUCAAAAAUUUUGACAUACAGAAACCAAGAAGAUUACUAUUUGGGGCAAAAUUUGGCAGUUUUGAAUAUCACGCCUGUUGACACAAGAGAUAUGAAUGGGUUGUCCACUUUCCACCCAUAUAAUUUGUACCAUGUAUUCUUUCCGGGUGAUAAUUAUUACAGAUUCAGCAUUUAUCCACAUAAGUGUUGCAGUCCAUAUACUAUUGCAUUCCAAGCAAUUGAAGGUGAUAAAAUGUAUACUUAUUAUUAUUUAUUAUAUACGGUGCAAUUGUUUCAUUUUGGUCACUAUGGGAAUAAGCCACCUAUUAAGACAUAUGCAGAUGACGAGGUUUGGAAAAAUUUCUUGAAGGAGCGCAAUAUUCCAGAGAACAUAACGCCUGAGCAGUAUUAUAAAGUUUGGGAAAAUAUCGUCGACGAUCCGACUUCUUUUGCAAGGCAUAUGAAACGUGAAGAGUAUUUUGACUACACUUGAAAACAGUGUAUAAAUUAAUAACAAUCCCGUCCAUCUUGUACUUAAAUAUUUUUUUAAUUAAAAAAAGUAAAACAA